AUGUCAACAGUUGAAAAACCAAAUAUCGUUAAUGAUGUAUAUGUAGAACAAGAAGUAGUUCUUAAAACACUUAAAAAUGCAGCAGGAUUUGGAGCCAUUGGGUUUGUAGUAUCAGCAGUACAAAAUAGUAUUAGUCAGCAUAAUCAUGGAGCAAUGGGUGUUUUCACUAGAACUGGAAGUUCUAUCAGUGGUUAUGCUUUAAUAGGAGGAAUAUUUGCAGGAACCGAAUCAGUGGUUGCAAAUAUUCGUAAAACUGAUGAUUGGAUUAAUGGAGCAUGUGCAGGAUGUGCAGCAGGAUUAAUAGCUGGUAUAAGAGCUCAUUCAUACCCAUUAGCAUUGGGAGCUUGCCUUGGAAUAGGAACAGCCAUGAGUGUAUAUGAAUGGACGGGUAAAAAUAAAGGAAUUUUCUUUGGAAAUCGGGAUGAAAAAAAUUGGUCAGAAGUUUUACUUAAAAAAGAAAAAGAGGAAUAA